AUGAAAAUAGCUGACUUUUUCGAGGCUACUGCAAUAGUAGAAAAUCUAGUGUUGUAUGAUUCCCUUGAUAAAAUAAAACAAUUGUUGUCAUCAUCAGUAAUUGCAACUUUAGCUAUCCAUGGUGUAGAAAAUAAACCAAGCGAUAGUGCAGCUAGAAGAUCGUGUGAAUCAGCAACCAAGAAAAUAUUUUUAAAAAGAAAAAAUGAUAAAUCUUUAUCAACAACAACUUCAAGUAGUAGUAGCACUUAUAUAACUACACCUGUUAAUUGUAGUCCCGCUCACAGUAGACGGACUAGUACCAGCAGUAUUAAUAAUUCUACUAUCACCAGCACCACCACUAAUAGUAAUGAUUAUAAUAUUCAUACACUUGGUUCAUCCACAACACCUUCAACAGGAGAAAUGAUAGUUACAAGUGGGCAGCUAGUAUUAUCAACUAUAGAAAACAGCUUUAGUAAUUACUUACCAAUAAUUAGUAUAAUCUCUGGUUUAUGUGAAAGAAUUAUAAAAAGUUAUGAGACAGUCAAAGACAAUAAAAAAAUAUGUGGAGUAUUAAUUGAUAGGGUUGAAUUGACUCAUCUUGCAGUAAAACAAUUGGUUAGAGCCAAGGAGGAGAAUGAAGAAAACUUUAGGGAAGAGUCAUAUUUCAAAGCAUUUAAUAGAUUACAAAAAGUUUUAGAAAAUAUUGAAAGCUUUAUUAAAAAAAUGUCAAACUAUGGAGCAUUCAAGCAUUUUACUAAUGCUGAACAUUGUAAAAAAUGUUUUGAAGUUCAUUGUAAUGAAUUAGAUAAAGUUUGUGCAGAUUUACAAUUUAAUAUAACAAUUAGGAUUUAUCAUAAUUUGGAAAAAAUGUGGGAAAUUUUUUAUGAAUCUUUUAAGAACGUAGGAACAUUAGAAACACAAGGAAAAUUAGUUUUAAUAGGGAAAUUAAAUAAAUCUAUGAAAAUCAAUGAUUUUGAUUUUAAUCAAGAACUCUUAAAAAUACCAAAAAUUGAUACUAACGAAAUAGAGGAUGUGAAACCACAAGACAGAAAAUCAACAGAUAUAAGAGGAAAAGAUAAAAAUGUAGUUAAGAAAGUAUUAAAGCGAACAGUUGAUGUAGCAUGUAAAUAUAUUGUAGGAGAUUUAAAGGAUGUUAAUGAUGCUGAAACCAAGAAGUUUCAUGGCCAACUUAUAAUAUUAAAUGCUAUUCAAUCUUGGGAAACUGUACCAUAUGAACGACAUACUUUUGGUGAAGUUAUGGAUGUACUAACAGGAUUAUGGAAAAAACAUGGAAGUUGUAAUUAUCUGGCUAAAUUUCUUCCAAAAAAUGAAAUUUCAGAUGAUAAACUUCAUAGUCAUAGUAUUGAGAAGCCAACAGAUUUUGAGAAGUGUUGGAUAAAAUUUCCCACUAAUAAUAUGGAAAGUAUUAAAACAAAACAUGUUAAAAUUUCAGAAAAUCUCGAUGAGUAUGUUCGUUGCUAUUGUGGUAAUAAAGCAAAUAGAAGAUAUAGUGUAAAAAAUCAACGAGAAUAUUUUUCUUGCGAAUUUUAUUUUAAUGAACCAAAAAAAGCUUGUAAAUUUUUUCAAUGGGUGGAUAUAGAACAACUUAGGCUAGAAGCCUUUGGAAUUAUUAACAAAAUCGAAAGAAUGACUUUUACUUCUUCUGAAUUAUGCGAAAUUUUGGAAUCUCAUUUAGUUAGAGAAGAAAGAAAAUUGCGCGCAUCCAAACAAUCAAUCGAACUAUUAAGAAAUCUUCUUAAAAAAAGUGGUGACUAUGACAAUAAUAAUAAGGUCGAAGUUUUGACAACUAAGACAACAGCACAAGAAGUAGUAAUCCAAAAAUUGGAAGAAAAGAACCAAGAUUUAGAGGAAAGGAAUCAAGAGUUGGAAAAAAAAAAUCAAGAGAUUGAAGAAACAAAUCAAAUAUUAAAAUUAGAUAUUAUAAAUUUGCAAGAAGAAAAAAUUAAAGCGUCGGAAGAAGUAAAAAAAUAUGAAAGUGAACUUGAUGAUCUAAGAAGUACAUUGAAUUCAUUAAUAACCGAAAAUGAAGAAAUAGAAGCUGAGUUCGAAGAUUUGAAUAAUCAAUGUAACGAAAUCAAGGAAUUUCAAGAAGAAUUAGCUAAAGAAAAAAUUCGAAAUCAACAGUUGGUAAAUGAUAAUUAUUUGUUAAGAAAAGAAAAUGAAGCUAAUAUUAAAUUAGUGUAUUCGUUGCAGCAAUAUAUUAAAAAUAACAAAUAG